AUGUACAGAAUCAGAGCGGGGGACCUUGAGGGCGCUCUCUCCCCAAUUGGUAUCCGGCGGCUCGAGGGUCUAGGCCAAGUGCUGGCCAGUGCCCAACUGCCACCGUUCAGUUUCACAGCCCCGCUUAUUCUGGGCUACAUAUUGACGAGAAGCAAUCUUGCGGGAGACGAUAUUGCAGGAGGUAACAUGGACGAGGCGAAUAGGGACUGGGGGGGGGGGGCCAAAGAGGAACGAGAUAGACGUCUGAUUGACGCUGAUAGACCUGGGGGAGUUCUCGAGCAGAGAAGUCGACUAGUUACCUACUACUGCUGCUACUACUACUACUACUACUACUACUACUACUACUACUACUACUACUACUACUACUACUACUACUACUUAGUCUAG